UGCAAACGAAGAGCACAAUAUUUAAUAAUAUAUACCUAUAAUAACUUAUAACGUAGGAAUUUCAGUUUACACAUUAUCUGAGACCAAAUUAUUUUCAAUUUGAGUGUUUCGUCAUUAUAUUAUUGCUUUAAAAACAAUAACCAAUUUUUAAAAUAAUAAGAAAAUGGUUCAAACUAUAUAAUAUAGUACAAAUAAAAUUUAAACAUUUAACACAAUACAAUUCAGCUAUAGCUGGCACGCACGUUUCCCGCCACCUAACCCCUAAACUAUUUUAAUUUAGCUCGCCCCCACUCGGGGGUGUGUUAGCCACCUGAUUGACCAUCAACAGAUGACACGUGUCUUGCUUCGUGUUUAUCUCUGAAAGCACGCGAGGGCCAUUAAAAUAACGAACUGCGGGCCACAGCCAUCCGCUUUUUACAUUUUUACCCUUAAUUUUAUUGCUUUGUUUCACAAUGGUAGAUGACCUGGACCUGGUUAAACUGACCAGUAUGCAGUUAAUGCGUACGCGCUACUGCGAGGACCGCAUUCGGCGAAUCGCCUUGAAUUUCGGUCUCUCGCCAUCGGCCGCGGCCAAAAUUCAAUUCAUCACAGAUAUUCCUUCAUCCUUGCUCGUAAAGGUUGUGAAACACAUCAUGACAACUGAGUGCACAAGUCUAAUUCGGGAUGAAAGUGACAUGAAAAUCUUGAUGUACCCGGCUCUAAGGCUCUACAUGGCACUUGGUCCAAAAGUCAUCGACUUGACCGCCUUUUUGUCUUUCUGUCCGAUUCGGCUGAAAUAUCAAUAUCUAAAAUCGGCAGUGAUUAGGAUUUCGCAGUUGACUCCCAACAUCGAAGAGCUUUUGCUGUCGAGCAAAACCCCCCGGUACUACAGAAAUUUCGAUUCGAUCGUGGAUGCUGAGAUGUUGAAGGCGCUGUACCGGCUUACAAAUCUGCGGGUUCUUCAGCUGGAUGAAUGGUGCAGCUUCGAACUCAAAGACGCACUGCAACUGUGCGAAAAUCUACCUGGGUUGCAAGUCCUAAGCAUCAACUUCCCAGACAGCUUUAAUGAUUACGACGACGAUUUUGAUGAUGAUCAUGACGAAUGCGCGGCAUUGUUAAAAAGAUGCUUGUCGAAUUUGAAAGAAUUUAUCUACACGACAAGGGAAAAUGACACACUUAGAACAGAGUGCAUGAGGAAUCUUUCGAAUCUUUCGAAUCUUCGCGUUUUUCAUGAGUAUUCUGAUCUCUUCCGCCCAAAGGAAGACUACGACCCCUCUACUCCAAACGAAGUAGUCCCUGGAUACUCAAAUCUUCAACACUUUUAUAUAGAUUUUGAUAUGGACAUCAUAAGUGGGGACGUUCAAUUAACAAACCCUCACAUCAGGCACAUUAUGAUGCUUUGGUUUCGGGAACCAGAUUGGGUGUGGGAUUAUUGGGAAAAUGUUUUGAGCUUCUCCAAUAUUGAGAGCUUGACUUUCCUUGGCUUCCCGCCCGACGUUUUGUUCCGCUUUAUUGACACUUACGGAGCUAAAUUAAAUGCACUGAGCAUCCAUCACGACAACCGCGAGAUGGAGCCGUUCCUGAACUUAAAUCGCAUGUUGACUGCAUGCCCGUUGCUUGAGAGACUACGAUUGCGUCUAGUCAUCAACGACCCAGAGCCGAUCACCUUUUACGCUCGUCUCAAAGAAGUCGAAUUGAAUUUUGCGUUUCUGGACGGAAGCAGGGACGAGACGGUGAAUAUUUUGAGUGCACCAGACUUGGAGAAAGUCAUCUUGAGCAACCCAUGCCUCGAAGAUCUGAUAAAGCUAACUUCAAAAGUCACCAAGAAAGAAAUCCUGCAGAAGGUCAAGACUCUCGUCAUUGAACUGGAGAUAAUUUCUUUUGCUCUUUUCACCAACGUGGACCAAUUUAAAGGAAUCGUUGAGUUCAUCAAAUGCGCGGCAGCUUGCCUUAGUAAUUUGACAAAUUUAAAGUUCUACUUGAAUGAAAGAAGGAGUGAAUAUUCCACGCUGGCAAAAAGUUUGAGAAAUGAAAGGACAACAAAUGAAGAAUAUCCGGACGUGACUGCCUUUUUCUUCGGUGCUAAUAUUAAUAACGAAUCAACCAGCUGGUUCGUAGAUGAAAAACUCAUAAACAUUCUUGACAGCUAUACUGAAAGUGGAAUUUUGAUUGGAGACAAAAUUAAAUAUGUUUUGUAA